AUGGCCGGACACGGUGGCUGGAGGUCCCCGCCACUAAUCUGCAACACGGAUCCGCGUCCCCAUGCUCACGGGGCGUCAUCCACCGGCGCAUCCUUGAGCCACGGCUGCUCGCGCGAUCCACCCGCUUUUGCCCGAUUCGCUGAUUUUUCGGAGCUCCCUCUGUCGCGGCCACCGCAGAGGACCUACCUCAACAUCCAUCAGCGCUUGUGGGGGACAUGCGUGGUGGAGAUCACUGACCGGGAGACCCACCAACGAAAGUGGAUCGGGUCAUUCCACACGGCGGAGCUCGCAGCCAUGGAAUACGACCGGUGGCAAGUCCGGUACCAUGGCUCCGCCGCCCGGCUGAACUUCCCGUUCGAGACAGCGCCGGUCCACCUCGUCCCACCGGGGCCAGGUGUGGUGAGCGUGGCGAUGGCGCGGGAAGACCGAGAGGCGAGGGAGCGCCUCGAGGCGGAGGCCGCCGCUGCGGCAUCCAUGGAAGACCUCCGCCGCCAGCACCAGGAGCUCAUGGAGGCGGAGCGGGCGUAUUCACCGAGAAUGGUGGGGAGGUCAUUGUCAUCUCUGACAACGAGGUGGAAGGCAGCGAGGAGGGCGGCAAGAAAGGAAGCGAUGAGGAGGAGUUCGACGUCGCGGAGUGGCGGAGCAUCUUCCCCGACUGCGACGACGACGACACCGGCCCCGACCCAGCUCUCACCAAGGGUGGCCUAA